GAACCUCGGCUCGAAAUGGCGACCACCGCCGGCGCGCCGCCGACGGCGAUGGACGAGAAGGCUCGGCGCACGCGCGAUCUCCUGGCCAGUUUUUACAACACCGACCCCGCGGCCGCGGGCGCUGUCCCCGCGUCCCCGGCGCGGCCCUCCCCGGCCGCCUCCUCCGUCUCGCCGCUCGAAUCCAUCAACUCCGCCUCCUUCAACCCCGAUGUCUACAUGGACGUCCUGGUGCAACAAUCAAACUUGGAAGGGCUUCUGCAGGGGCAUGUGAAAAUGGCUGCCGAGAUCAAGAACCUGGACACAGACUUACAGAUGCUAGUAUACGAGAACUAUAACAAGUUUAUAAGUGCAACUGACACUAUAAAAAGGAUGAAGACUAACAUUGUUGGUAUGGAGACAAACAUGGAACAACUACUUGGAAAGAUAACAUCAGUGCAAUCAAGAAGCGAUACAGUGAACACAUCUCUUUUCAACAAAAGGGAAAACAUAGAGAAAUUACACCGUACACGCAAUCUUCUCCGGAAAGUUCAAUUCAUAUAUGAUUUGCCAACUCGGCUGAACAAAUGUAUCAAGGCAGAAGCAUAUGCGGAUGCUGUCAAAUUUUUUACUGGAGCAAAACCUAUUUUUGAGGCCUACGGUGAUUCAUCCUUUCAAGAUUGUAAAAAGGCAUCCGAGGAGGCUAUGGAUAUAGUUAUACAACACCUUCAGGCAAAGUUGUACUCAGAUUCUGAACCUAUUGAAGCAAGAGCAGAAGCUGUGGUGCUUCUUAAACAACUUAAUUUUCCUGUGGACAACCUAAAAUCAAGCCUACUUGAGAAACUCGAAGAUUGCCUUCUAAAUUUCCAGAACAAGCCCACAAAUGCUUCAAUUGGUGAUAUUUCCAAGACAUUCCGUGCUUAUCUCAUAAUAUUUCCUGAUUCAGAAAGACGUCUCAUUGAACUUGCUCAUGCUUUGUUCACAAACCGCUAUGAAACAGUCAGAGAGACUCUGAAGGAAAGAAUUCCAUCAACAGAUCUGUUGGCAAUUCUACGAGGCUUAUGGGAGGACGCAACUGCCAUCGACGAAGUUAUACCAGAGGCAGCGCUGCCAGCUUUUUCCUUGGAGACUACUCGAGACAUUAUUAAGCAACACAUAGCAACUGCCUUUCUUCAUCUUCAAACUGAAAUAUCAGAUGUACUGGUCAGAACACACUCAACAUCAAACGAGAAGUUGGAAGAGUCACAGCUGCAAACUGCCAUGGAAAAAAGCAAAAUUAAAGUAUCCCAAGGGUGCAUAGAUCUCCUGCAGGAAUUCCAUCACCUUAUAGAUGGCGAUACAGAGUUGAUAGUAAAGCUGAAAGAUUUGAUUAUUGAUUGGGUACAAGAAGGUUUUCAACAUUUCUUUCAGAAACUUGAUGGACAUUUUCAUCUGCUUUCUGGGAGAAGCAAGAGUUUCUCUCAAGAGUCAAAUUCUGUAGAUUCUGUGCAAAUCGACAAGAUUCCAACAGUGUUGGUGCUUAUGCUUGCACAGCUUUGUGUUUUCAUAGAACAGACAACAAUUCCUAAAGUGACAGAGGAUUUGGCUGCUUCUUUCUCUGGAGGUGGGGCACGCAGCUAUGAAUAUGGACCACCUUUUGUACCCGGGGAGAUAUGUCGGCUAUAUCGCUCAUCUGGGGAGAAAUUUUUGCACCAUUACAUAAAUAUGAAGACUCAGAAGAUCUCCAAACUUCUUAAUAAGCGAUUUUCAACACCGGUCUGGAUAAAGCACAAGGAACCACGGGAAGUUAACAUGUUUGUUGAUCUACUUCUCCUAGAGUUCAAUGGUGUAGUAUCUGAAGUCAAGCAGAUCUUGCCUGGUUUAAUUCGACGACAUCGGCAUUCUGAUAGCACUGGCAGCACCACUUCCUCAAGAAGCAAUCCAAUGCGAGAGGACAUGUUGAACCGAUCAAACACAACACGUACUAGAAGUCAGUUUCUAGAAAAUCAUCUAGCAAAAUUAUUCGAACAGAAAAUGGAAAUAUUCACGAAAGUUGAAUACACACAGGAGUCUGUAAUUUCUGCCGUCCUGAAGCUUUGCCUGAAAAGUUUGCAAGAAUUUGUCCGGCUUCAGACUUUCAACAGAAGUGGAUUUCAGCAGAUUCAGUUGGAUAUGGAAUUUCUGAAGAGCUCCCUUAAGGAGUUUAUUGAUGAUGAAGCAGCUAUAAGCUUCUUACUUAAAGAGGUGAACAAUGCUGCACACGAAAGAUGUCUUGACCCAAUACCUCUCGAGGCCCCAAUACUAGAUAAGCUCAUAAAUGCAAAACUAGCAAAAAUUAAAGAGCAAGGCCCAAAUGUAUAGUAGCUAUGUACACAUUGUAUCACUCAGCAGCAUUCAGUUUCACUUGAUUUAAUACACACUGUUCAGAGCUAUGUGCAUAUAGUUGUGGGCUUCUUGUAGCAUGCCACCAUUUGUAAUCUGUAAAUCCGAGGUCUAAAUACUCGAAUUGAAUCGACACUGCCUGAAAUGUAUAAUUUUUUUGAGCUGUCA